CUCCUCACAUACUCGCUCUUCUAGGUCUUGGAGAGUCCUUUCUUCUGAUCGUCGAUCGUCGAGCCUGAAAACCAUUACUGAUCUUGAUUUUGCCGACUGCAAUGGGGAAGAGAGAAGGUGAAGAUCCUUGCCGUGUUUGUCGGCAUUAUCAUAACUACGAGAAAGGAGAGACCUGCGACAUCUGCGGCCACUACGGUAAGGCGGCGCCAAUCCAAAGCAGCUCUUUUCCUUCGGAAAUUUUGCCGGAAUUUCUCUAUCUCGGUGGAUACGACAGCGCUUCGAACUUUAAAGUUGAUGAGACUCUGGGAAUCUCUCGCAUUCUCAAUACAGUUCCUUUGUGCGAGAAUCUCUACCCAAGAUCAUUCACGUAUCAUCGUCUUCAGAAUGAAAAGGCUUUAGAAUUUGACAGUGCCAUCCACUUCUUAGAAGAAUGUGAAAAUGAGAAGUCUCGUGUUCUUGUGCACUGUAUGUCAGGGAGAAACAGAUCACCAGCGAUUGUGAUUGCUUACUUGAUGAAACGCAAACGGUGGAGUUUGGCUGAGAGUUACCAGUGGGUCCAAAACCGAAGACCAUCGAUUGAUAUAAGUACAGAGUUCCAGCAACAGCUUAGAGAGUUUGAAAAGAGGUUAACUAAAUCAAGAGAUGGCUAUGGAUUACCUGAGCUCAAUAAUCAACUUCAAGACUUGGCUUUCGAACCGGUGAACGAUGAUAUUCGCAUGGAUACCUGUUAACACU